CACCUUAGGUUCACUUUCCACAUAUUAGGUUUCGCUAUUACCACCUCCAUUACCCAAAGGCCCCUAGAUAGGUAACCUACCUUACCUAUCUCGGAGGAACUCAAGGUAACUUCUAUAUUUCGCCUGUCGCUUCGUGUAGCCGCCGCGGCGCAGCAGCAAAACUGCGACAACGCAAGAUCAUGUAUAAGGCGGGCUCCGUGCCCAGUCUCUGAUACACAGGUACUGGACUAAGGUACCUAGGUACCUACCUAGGUACCUACCUAGGUGUCCAUCAUGGUACGAUCAUCCACGCCCAUACCAUGGCGACUUCACGUCAGCAGGCUGUCCAAAUCUAGGUACAGCUCUUCAACGGCAACGGCAAGGCGUGUGCUAGUGCGUACUGGGGCUCUAUCGGUUUCCAGCGCCAACAACAUCAGUUGUUGGCGCCCUCUCUUCAACCUGGUCAUUGGCAGCGGUCAAACAAGACAAAAUGCAUUCCCUUUCCACCAACGACUUAAUUUUGGGCAUUCGUCAUCGGCGAGCACGGCCCAAGUCGAGAAGCAAGCUGCAUCUCCCUCGACUCCAGCCCUGUCUGGCACCUUUGCCGAUCUGUUCUGCGGCAUCGGCAGUGCCACCAUGGCCCUUUCGGAACUGGGUCUGAAAUGCGUCUACGCCAACGACAAUAGCGAGUUGGCCGCCAGCAUAUAUGAGAAAAAUCACACGAUGGAGCAAAACUUUGUAGACAAACGCGAUUUUUCCGAAGUGGUGAAACAUCACUUGAAAGAGAUUCCCAGAGCAAACGUACUUUCUGUCGGCCUCCCUACUUGUGGCAAAAAGCUUCGAAUGACGGACGAGAACAUCCGGAUACUUGUAGAAUCCUUGCUCCGUCUUAUCCACCACCAACGCAACGAGGUCAUCAUGCUGGAGUUCAAAAGGAUGAAACAUGGCAUCAAAACAGGCGCCUACACCAUCACAGAUUUUUGCAAAAUGCUCGACGAGGCCGGUUAUUGGACCGGUUCGGAAUUGUACUCUGCAGGCUCAUUUGGUCUGCCCCAGCGCAGGGAGCAUAUUAUUGUUCUCGCCGUCCGCAAGGAUCUGAUCCCCGGCCCUUUUUCGCCUCGUCCCGCCGAACGUGAUCCCGACCAGACCUUGGAACUCAAGGACUUUUUGCUAUCGUAUGAGGAAUAUCUAAGACUCAACAAGGAUAGGUAUUGGCCCAACGGUAUGGUGCCUCAAAUGGUUGACGGCGUACUGUGCCUGAAUGAGGAUGAGGUCAGGCCCAUAGGGAGUCGAAUUUAUGCUCGUCGACUCAAGCUGCAACAUCGGAAUCCUCUCGAGCGUCCACCGGGUCCGGCCAAGCACCAUCAACAUCGUGUCGGCUUCUGGCAGAGGAUAUCGCCAGAAGGCGUAGAAAUCAAGGGUAUAAAGACCAGGGACCGCAUAUCUCAUCAGAGAAGCUUGGCGAACCGCCUCGGGGAAAGAUCCCUUGAGACGAUGUGCUGCUACCUGACAGCGGGGCCCGACGACGGCCAAGGAGGCGUCGUACCGUGCAUCAGGUACCUCCAUGCUCGCGAGGGCGCGCGCCUGGUGGGCCUUCCCGACUCUUUUAUUCUGCCCGGGGACUUUAUGAGCACACAACGCCUCUACCCGGACUGGCAUUUGCUGGGUAUGACGGUCCCUCCGCGAAUACUUCAAUGGCCGUUGCUGGGCCUCGCCCAGGACCACCCACAUCUUUUUGAGCCGGGACGUCCCCAGGAGAAGCCGCCCAGUUAGCCCCAUGUUUACUGAAGCCGUGCGGUAAGAAGCUGCAAAAAAAGGCGUUUUGCUUUUUCAUGCCGUCCAAGACACAAGGCAUGAGGGCCGUGCAUAACCUAGUUGCCUGUCAGGAAUCUUGGUGCAAUGUACGUUUGCUGUGUUCAUAGCGAUGUCUAUAUAUAUACAUGUACAAAUAUGUAAACAAGAGCUGUAUUUUCUUUGAACAUUUGAGAAGCGUUUGAAGCCACGGCAAUCUGUCUCGGUGGGGUUUCCAGGGGAAGUCGGUCGGUGUAUUUGUAAACAUCUAGACGGGUUAGCUGACUGUGGCGUUCAGAAGCUGCAGCCUUCGAAGCAGAAACCAAGCCGAUGUCUGGGGCAGAGUUGAGCAGGUAUGGCAAUUAUUAACAUGCGCUGUGGAUGUCCCUGAAAAUUAAGCUGGACUUGGUGGUGUUAUUGUUGGAUGAGGUUGGAGUGUUCAUCUGUCUGUUCCGUGGUCUCCCCGUCGUUGUCUUUCCCGUAAUACUCUUCCCCACCCUUUCCCAAAAGGCAUCAGCCAUCCAAGAUCCC